UUAAUUUGGGGAUUGUCUUGUUUGUUGUAGGCCUAUCAGAAGCUUGUGCAACCAGCAGCUUCACAAACUCUGUUUUGUUUGUGGCACUACCUCCGUUCUCCACAGGAACAACAGCUUUUUCAAUAUUGAUCCAGAACAUCAAGAGUGAUGUGAACAGACGGGGUGUGGUGAGCAGACAUAACAAGCACAAUGAACCAGCAAGAGGCUGAUGGAAAGGAGGAGAAUAUAUACACAGGCAGCCAAGGGAUAACAAGGGACAGUUUGAGGACAUGUGGCAGUGAAGUGGUGAGAAGCUGACCAUGGGUGACUGGAACCUGCUGGGCAGCAUCCUAGAAGAGGUCCAUAUUCAUUCCACCAUUGUGGGCAAGAUCUGGCUCACCAUACUCUUCAUCUUUCGCAUGCUAAUCCUGGGAGCAGCCGCUGAGGAUGUAUGGGAUGAUGAGCAGUCCGAAUUUGUCUGCAAUACUAACCAGCCAGGUUGCAAGGCAGUCUGCUAUGACCGUGUCUUCCCCAUCUCCCUCAUUCGCUUCUGGGUCCUGCAAAUCAUUUUUGUGUCUGCGCCCUCGCUGAUCUACAUGGGUCAUGCCCUCUACUGCAUCCGAGCGCUGGAGAAAGAAUGCCACCGCAGACGGAUCCAGUUGAAGGAAGAGCUGGAUGAGGCUGAAUUGGCACUGGAUGAAUAUAAGCACAUGGAGAGGGAGCUGAGGAGGCUAGACGAACAGAGGAAGGUGAAGAAGGCUCCUCUCAGAGGCUCUCUGUUGAGAACCUACAUCAUCCAUAUCCUUACACGCUCUGUGGUGGAGGUCUGCUUCAUCCUGGGCCAGUAUAUACUCUAUGGUGUCCAAUUGGAGCCACUCUAUAAGUGUGAGAGGCUGCCUUGCCCCAACAGUGUAGAUUGUUACAUCUCCAGACCCACAGAGAAGACCAUCUUCAUGGUCUUCAUGAUUGCCAUUGCUGCUGUGUCACUUUUCCUCAACAUUCUGGAAAUAUCCCAUCUGGGCAUCAGGAAAAUCAAAGAGACACUGUAUGGACAGAGAUAUACAGAAGAUGACAGUUUAAUUUACAAGUCCAAGAGGAAGACAUCCUUACAACACCUUUGUGUAUUGAGCAAUUUAUCACUGCACAACGGUUCUUUGACUCAGGCCUUCAAAGUGCUUCCAGAGGUCAAUAUGAAGUCUCCUCAUUGCAGCACUGGACUAAAAGCCAACCAGAACCCCCCAAGACACAGCAGUUUGGCUCAUCUGGGACACAGUCAGAUGAGCUAUAUCUGCCCCCAACCUAGGGUGCCACCCAGGUCUGCUCAGGAGUCUUCAAUCCAAGCCUCACAAACCCAUGAAGGACAGGAGGUCCACACAGCCAUGGUAGACCACCAUCCACCCUGGGCUUCUGCUGUGUCCAUUGUGGAGGGACGUGCCACAAGCCAUAAUGAGGACAUCCAUGAUGGUGAACACCCUCAUCCUAGCCACAUAGAAGCUCUGCUGUUCAGCAGCAUGUUAAGGCCCAGAGGUAUCGGUGACCUUGAUGAGGAUGAGCGAAGGGAAUCAAUGGGCAGCAAGGUCCUGGUCCCCAACACCAGGAAGACCAGCUUCAUGAUUAGACCUCCAUCGGAGAGCUUGUCUUCUAUCAGUAGCUCCACGAGCCCUUCCUUACAUACCUCAGAGGAGUCAGAUGAACUGGGUUCACUGCAGGGAGAUAUGCCCACAGUGCCACCUGCUGGAGGCCGAAGAAUGUCAAUGGCAAAGUAUGUUUCUGGAUAUCUCCUCUAUCAUGAAGAAGUGAAGAGACAAGAUUAG